ACAAACAAACAAAAAUCAAAUUACUUAUUUAUAGCAUGAGCUUAAGAAAAAAACCUUGAAAACUCCUCUUACUUCUUCCUACCUCUAGGUGUCAUGGGAGGGGUAAUAAAUAAAAUGAAUAAUUCUAUUACUAUGGUAGUUUAUAUAUACUUUUUACUUUAGGUAUGUGGUAUGUGACCAAUUAACUUGGCAUUCCUUUUCAUAUGGUCAGAGUAGCAUUGCAUGACACAUUUUAAUGAUUAAUCUCACAGCAUCUGUUGCUUUGAAUAAAAAGCAUGUCCUUUUCUUACAUUAAAGAUAAUUUUGCAAAUAAUUCAUCAGAAUUGCUUUGGCAUUUAAAAAAAAAAGGAACUUCUGUUUGCAGGAUACUAUUUAGAAGAGGCAAUGCAAAUGUUUGCAUUUUACACAAAACAUACUUACAUUAUUGAUUUAGGUAAUUAUAACAUUUUCUGUUUACAAAUUAUUUGAGAAGACUCCUUUACUAUGGUAUGUCUCAGUCAGAUAAUUCCACUAGAUAGUUCUUGCUUUGCUGUACUGAUAAAAAAAGCUGUCCUUUCUUUUCAUACAAAGCUUACUCAUAACAGGAAUCACUGCAGUAUCAGGAUUUGACCAUUUUCCCUUCACCAUUAUAUUAUAUUCAAUAGUGCAAGGAAAUAACAUUUAUUAGUAUUUGUAAAUUCUGUUCUAUCUCAUGUAACUACGGAUGUGAAGAUUCUGGUUUGACUCCCAAGGCAUUUAAUUGAAUGCUCAAUGGGUUUUAUACUGUUCUCAUUAGCAUAGUGUCUUAAUGUCUUCCAUUAGUGCUUUAAGCAACAUUAACAUAUUAUACCCUCUUCCCUCCCCAAUGGAGUGAAAUUAGAACUACUGGUUAAGUGCCCUAAUUCUAUACCCACAAACAAAUGAAUAUGAAUUUACAUGUAGCAGGCUGGGUUUGUUCAUAAAAAAUUAGAGUAGAUUUUAGUUCUAUGCCACUUUUAGUAUCUUUCUCUCACAUAUGGACUUUGUUCAACAUUGAUGGCUGUGGUGGAAACUAUAACUUAAGUUUUCAUUAACCACUGAAACUCUAAAUAAAAGUUGGCAUUUUAUUUUGUGUACAGGUAUCUAAGAAUCGGACACGACUGAAUGGAUUAAAAAAAUCAUGUAUCUUAAGAAACAAUGGUAGUCAAUGAUUUGUUCACAAAUGAAAAACAACUCUCAGUUCUAAUAAGCUUUUUGUGAAUUUGGAAAGAAUUUGGUGCAAGGGCAAGGGCAAGAGGAAAGCUACAUAAGCAGGAAGAAUUAAACUGGGAGUGCAGUGAAGGAGUUUUGAUGGAUUAUGUAAGAGUGGCCUUUAAGACUCAUUAACAGUUCAGUCACUGUUUAAAACAGCACAGUGCAAUUAUAUCAAACUUAGCCAGCUUUUAUAUUUAUCCACGUAGCACGUCCAAAGUCCAGCAGUUACUAUUGUAGAAAUGUAUAUUUUGUAAACAACAUUCAGAGCCAAUAGAUAUUUACUGCAGAAAAGGCUGUCCAGGUAAGCUGAGGCUUAUAAUGACUCUGCUAGGGAAUCUGUAAUCAGCACUAUGGCUUAACUUUUUGGAACAAGCAAAGAGCAUCUGAGCACUGCUAGAGCGCACAUCCCUCAACAAUGGACAUAUCUGCUGAUAGAGUUACAAAAGAGAACCAAGCGAACACGAACCUCUGCGCCUGGCUUUAAAAAUUAACUGCUGAGCAAGGCACCCCUCUUUUCUUGACCCUUUACAACCAGAGGACAGGCAGACAGGGGGCGAGCGCAGCCACCACAGGCUGAACGCCUCCCUUCCCUUUCCAUGUCCCCGUGGAGAUGUUGCUCCCGUCACGUCUCGCCGGUCCAGCCUUUCUUCCACCAGUAGGUGUUGCCCUGAUACCAGGCUCAAGAUUGUCCUUGACAAACAAUCGCAUUCGGAUUUGCGGAAAUCCGAAUCUACAGAACCAUCGUGGUCAGAUUCGUUUCCCGUAAUAGCUUACAUCCGCUCUUUACCGUCGAACGGCCUCACCGGUCUAUAAACCCUCUUCUUCGUUGCUUUCGCCAGUCUCUGGGGCUGCGGCGAAGGGCUCGGCGGUUCAGAGCGCGUUCCCCGCCGCUCCCUUUGUUCUCAGCGCCAGCUUCGCUCUCCGGGAAGGAGACUAAUAAGCAUGAAAGGAACGCCAUGGCGUUUCAGAGAGACCACGAGGAGGGUGUUCUGUGAAAUCCUAGGAAAUGGAUCUAGUCUGUCUGAAAUGUUUGCUUCAUACAGCUUAAUGGAAGAGUCUUUCUGAAGGUCGUGGCAGCUGUUUUUUGAAACAUUGAACUUCUAUCUGCUAUGGAACAAAGUGAGAAUCAACAAGGAUCCUUACCAGAGAUUCAAGAUGACAGCAAAAGCAACACGAGACCUUUGCCUAGCCUGGCAGCUGCUGUCAAAGGGGAAAUAAAGAAACAUGCAGUUACAGAUGACUAUAAAAUCUCUAAACGGGUCUUGGGCCUUGGUAUUAAUGGCAAAGUAUUGGAAUGUUUUCACAAAGUGACAGGACGGAAAUGUGCUUUAAAGCUCCUGUAUGACAGCCCAAAAGCACGACAAGAGGUAGAUCAUCAUUGGCGAGCUUCAGGCUGUCCCCACAUUGUCCAUAUCUUGGAUGUUUAUGAGAAUAUACACCAUGGGAAGAGAUGCCUUCUAAUCAUCAUGGAAUGCAUGGAGGGAGGGGAACUCUUCACCCGAAUCCAGGAGCGAGGAGACCAAGCUUUCACAGAAAAAGAGGCCUCCGAAAUAAUGAGAGAUAUUGGAACAGCCAUCCAACAUCUUCAUGGGAUGAACAUAGCUCAUAGAGAUGUCAAGCCAGAAAACCUGCUUUAUACAUCCAAAGACAAAGACUCAGUGCUUAAGCUCACAGAUUUUGGGUUUGCUAAAGAGACAACUGUACAGAAUGCAUUGCAGACUCCUUGUUAUACUCCUUAUUAUGUAGCCCCAGAGGUACUUGGUCCUGAGAAGUAUGACAAAUCCUGUGAUAUGUGGUCUCUUGGCGUCAUCAUGUAUAUUCUUUUGUGUGGGUUCCCGCCAUUCUAUUCAAACACUGGCCAAGCCAUCUCCCCAGGAAUGAAGAGAAGAAUUCGGAUGGGGCAGUAUGGAUUUCCAAAUCCUGAAUGGUCAGAAGUAUCUGACGAAGCUAAGCAUCUCAUUCGUCUAUUGCUGAAAACUGAUCCAACAGAGAGAAUGACCAUUUCUCAAUUUAUGAAUCACCCCUGGAUUAAUCAAUCCAUGGUGGUGCCACCAACCCCUCUUCACACUGCCCGAGUCCUGCAAGAAGAUAAAGAUCACUGGGAUGAAGUGAAGGAGGAAAUGACUAGUGCUUUGGCAACCAUGAGAGUGGACUAUGAUCAGGUAAAAAUUAAAGAUUUGAAAAUAUCCAACAACCGACUCCUCAACAAACGGCGUAAAAAACAAAAACAAGGAGGCACCUCAUCUGCAUCAGCUGGAUGUAACAACCAAUAAAGACAAGAGAGAAAUAAUUAGUUGAACCAAAAUCAUCUCACAAAGGAUGUAUAACUGAAACACGAAUGUGUGUGAUGAGCAAGAGGAUGCACUAUGGCGUCCAAGAUAAGAUGUACUAGAACUUUUUAUCUGGGCACACUGGGUCUUUUUCUAAGAAGAAUUUUGUUAAUCAUUCUAUUACAUUUUAGUAUACGUUACUUAAAGAGUUGCAACAAACCUUAGAAUGCCAGUGAAGUUUGUAUAAGUAAAUGUUUCUUGUGGUAAUGCGGGUUCAGUGCUUACAAAAGCACAGUCACAACAAGCAAUUCUAAAUCCCUUCUUUUCAUAUAAAAAAUUAGAGCAUCCAUCUGCUUAACUCUCCAGAUGAAUUCAUAAGGACAUAAAUGUGCUUAAUUUAGACUGGAUUAUGCUGAAUCCAUUCAAGAGAAAUAGAUUAAACCAUGCAUAAAGCGAAGGAGUAAAAAGAUCAGGUUAUUACAAGAAGCAAUCAGAAAGUUAUGAAAAAGUAAGUUUUUCAUAUAUUUUUGUUUGAUCUUCAUCAUUCAUUUCUGUUGUAUUUAAUGUUCUUAUCAGGUUAAUGCUCUUGUUUUAUACACUGUCCAUCUGUAUAAAGAAGCACUCCUUUUGAGUCUUUGGGAAAUAUUUACAAUUUAAGGCUUAAGGGAUUAUUAAAAGCUCACAAAUUCCUUACAUUCAGAUCAUAUAGGUAAAUAUAUAAGAACACUGUAGUUAGUCAUAUGUGGUGAUAGCACACAUUUCUUUCAAACACAGGAAAGUUGCACUAGCUUCCUGGUAGGAUCCAUCUAGCAAAACAGGUAUGAGUGCAAUCAUUACAUUUUAGGAUUUAGGUGUUCCAUUUCCUUGUUUACAUAUAAGCCAUUAUUUAUUUUUAUCACAGAUUUUUUUCAACCAACUGUUUACUUUUUGAAUUAACUAUCAAAGAUUAGCCUAUAGCAGUAAUCAACCAAAAUAUCACUGUUUACGCCAGCAUCCACAACUUUGCACAAAGAUUUUAGGUGAAAUCUCACACAAUACAGAAGGAAACUAUUCCCAGGUGAAACCAUAAUUCUUACUAAAAGAACUAUGAUAGGCAGAUGGCGUAGCUAGAGGACAUAUCUUUUACAUUCUUUUCCAGCAGUAGAGAGCUACAAGUGGUAUGGGGUUGACAUGGUGACCCCAUGGUGACCCUCACCAGAGAGGGCAGGGGCAGAAUCAUUACCAUCUCUCCCCUUUUUUCAUUUUUUCUUGUGUUGCUUUUUUUAAAAAAGGCAUAUUAAAGCAAUUGGGCCUACUUCACCUAUUUUAUUUAUAUCCAUUUUAUUUGGUUAUUUGUUAAUGAAUUUCCAUGAGAAUCUUGGGAAACUACUACUAGAAAACAAAUGGUUGGAGCUGCAGUUUCCCUGGGAUAGGAUAUCAGUUUGGCUAUUCUGUGAACUAGGUGAUAUAGCACUCACAUAUACUGUCCAUAUGUAAAAAGUUGAAAACAUAGGCACAUGCCAUGAGUGCUUCUAAAUUCAAAGAGGAAAUUUGCAAAUCUGACAUAUAUUUGAAUAUGUACGUUAUUACAGUUGUUUGUAUGUAUCAUACACAUUAUUUCUUAACAUGUUGUAGAUUAGGGUGGAUGUGAUAAAAAAAAUUAAGUCACUCAAGUAAUUCUUUUGGAUAUCAUUUUAGAGAGUUUAGAUAUUUCGGUAUGAUGACAAAUGCACAAAGAACAGCAACUGUGCCAAACACUAAAGGUCUGAAACUGAGGUGGAUUUUCACACAAUAUCUCAUAAUAACCUUGUUUUGUGAAACCUGCAUUAGAUGCCAACUAUCUUUAUUCAAACCAUUUCAUUGUCCAAACAUUUUCUUUGAAAAGGGAUAUUCCUAUGACAAUUCUCCACAAAUGCAAGUGCCUCUGGCUUUCUAGGGAGAAGGCUACAGCAGAUCCAUCCCUCUCUCUGCGCUUGCAUUUGUACUACAGUUUUUGAGAUACUAACAAAUAGCAGGUGUUUGUUUAUGUUACUUCUCAUUUCUAACGCUCACUACAGGAAAGAGAAAUCCUUGGAUGGCCUCCAUAUUUGUCAGAGGGCUCAAGGGGAAGAUGAAGUUUUCUCCCAAUUGUACUGUAAUGUGGAGAGAUGAUAAAUAUUUACAGAUGAAUUGUUUUAUUCCCUAUAUUCUCCAAGCUAAGUCUGCUGCGCAAGCCAGGAGAUCUGAGACAAAGGAAGAGAAUUUGUGGCUGUUAAACCAAAAAAUAUUGGGGACCUCUGUGUUAUAUCCUUAUUCCAGAAUUGCAGGGGUUAAUAUAAAUCUGCAAUGAAGUAAAUUUCUAUUAAUUACAUAGUGCCUCUCUUUGACUUGCAAACAGAUAUUAAAUUGAUGUUAAAAGCACUUCAGACUGUUUGUGAAAUAUUAACAUU